AUGCUCUCUUCACCCCCAGGUCUCAGUGUAGACACCCUACAGGCAAAGCUGUUCCCAGACUCUCCUUCAGCAACAGGUGUCCAACGAAGGCUCUAUGUUCCCACCAAUGGCAUGGAAGAGGAGGAAGGCAUCCGUCACGAGUACAAACUACAUAGCAUAAAGUCGAUCUUGGCACGGCAAAUCUUCGAAAUACCCUUCUCGCACCCAAAGGAGCUCGCCGGCGUAUUCUCUAUACUAAGGCAAUUUGCGCAUGUCAGCGCCUUAUUCAAAAGUUGCUUUAGUCCCGUCGCUGGAAUCAUCCCGAAAACGGAGGAUUCGGUGGUGGCGGCACCGUUGGGGGACAAAGAGAUGGAUCUGGAUGCAUUCUUAGCUGAUGGUAAUGACACGGCUGACGGAGCGGCUCAGCCAGUUCCAGUAGACAUUAGUGCUACGGAAGGGCAGAGCGGUGCGUUUACCCUGGGGGUUAUAUUCCCGCAGAAGACCGGGCAGGGUGUAGUUGGGUGCAGCUUUGAAGUGGGCAGGAAUGCCGAUAUUCGUGUCACGGAAUUGAGCGCUGAUGAUGGGAAGUUGGGCCUUGAUGCUAAUGGUCUGGAAUGGGCACUUGCUAUUGGAAGUGAUUUGGGGAUAGUGGUGGAGUGGCUCAGACAGAGAAGUUGAUCUUGUAUUCCUGCUUUCUCCUUGCUUGCUUGCCUAAUACGUUUGUUCUUCUUGCGCAUCUCUUAUCGCUUUCACGGAUCGAUGUUUUUCUCAGGUGUAAUUUCUAGGGACCACACAAAACACAGAGCCACCAUAAUACCAUAACUCCAAACUCCUUUUUUUUUUUUUUUUCCCACUCGCUCCAAUUCGAUAUAGUAUCCCCCUCAUAACUGCUGCAAGACCCCCGGACACACUCCCAUCGACUCAACUCGGUGCCUGCAAGGCACUCUGAUACUUCUUCGCAACAUCAUCCCCUAGGACCAAAACCAAAACCUAUCCGUCCCAUACACCUCCCCAAAAACCGCCCCGAAAGUCCUCGCCAUCUCCUCCGCAACCUGCGUAACCAAUUCCCUCACCUCCCCAAGUGCGCCAGGGCACGACUCGAUAAGGCCCACCUGCGAUACCCCCAAUCAGUACCACUCACCCAUCCACACACACACACACAGCCCCGGCCCACCCACUCAUUCACCUAUGCGUUGGGAAGAGCAACAAAUCUUCUGCAAAACCUUCAUCCAGAACCCAAACCGGCUGAACGACACCGGUAUCAUCCCCCAGAUAACUACACGGCCAUGACCCAGUUCCCGAUCCUAGCGAUCCGGUUACUUGUGAUACCCACGCGCUUCCCCGGACCCCGUGAAUUUUUAGAGCGGUGCCCGGGAGUGGAUUGCGCUUGCUCGGGAUUGUGAUGAGGGUGGAUGGGGAGGAAGGGGGGGGUGAAUUCGGGGUUUUGCGACGCAUGUUGAAUAGCAGACUCCAUAAUUUUAUAUGAUAUUUGCGGUGCUUUGACAGAAGGAGGGUGGGGAUUGGUGGUCGCGAUGGUAGAGGGCACUGGGGGUUUAUACACCACAGAUUACUCGAAACUUCAACCGAUCCCUUUAGCUUUCCUAUCUAUCUUAAUCCCUCCCCCCC